AGCUGUGGGGCGCUAGGACCCUGAACACAACUAGGAUCAUGCUAUUGAUAGCAGCAGUAUGCUAGCAGAGACUAGUGUUGUCACAGGGAUUCAUGAACUACUUUUUAAAAUUGUAAUACUUUAAUUGAGACUUAGUCAUGUCUCAGGUGGAGAAGAAGGCAGGGCUGCUGAGGAGGACAUCAUCCUCUAAGAAACCCUUGAAAGAGAAGGUGGUGCUGAUGUAUGAUGAGAUUUUUGCAAAAGAAGACCCGGCCAAAAACAACCCUCGCUUCUGGGAUGAGCUGUUUCUUAUGAAGGUGAACCUAGAGUACCUCGAGUCCAAGUUGGAGAGUGUAGAUGGGGAGGAGGUUCAGCGGAUCCAGGACAACAUCAACUCUCUGUUCCACCACUGUGUUCAGGCUCUGGGAGAGGAGCACCAGAUCAAAGUGGUUAAUGCCCUGCAGACACUCUGUGCACUUUUCCGGGGGGUUCACCAGAAGAACAAGUCUGCGUCCGGCUUCGACAUCAUCAACAUGCUCAUGGGCUUUGACAAGGCUGAGCAAAGGAUGAAGGACCUGAUGGAGCGACUGGACAGCCUUCUUUGUGGAGAUGGCUCAGAGAGUCUGAAGAGCCUUUGUCUCAAACUGCUGCUGUGUCUGGUGACGGUAACGGACAAUAUUAGUCAGAACACUAUACUGGAAUAUGUGAUGAUCAACAGCAUCUUCGAAGCCAUUUUACAGAUUCUGUCAGAUGUGUCCAGUAGAGGGCAGCAUGGUUAUGAUUCUGUGGUCCUCCUGGCCCUGCUGGUCAACUACAGGAAAUAUGAGUCUGUGAAUCCAUACAUUGUGAAGCUCUCGAUCGUGGACGAUGAGCCAACACUAGAUGGAAUGGGUAUGGUUGUCCACCACGCUCUGACAGAAUAUAACAGGCAGUACAAAGACAAAGAGGAGGAGAACCAGGGUGGGUUCUUCUCCACCCUCACUAGUAUGGUGGGCAGCAUGUUUAUAGCUGAUGCCGAUGAGAAACUCUCUGUACAGACCAAUGAGGCGAUUCUGCUGGCCCUCUAUGAGGCGGUGCACCUUAACCGCAACUUCAUCACUGUAUUAGCACAAAGCCACCCUGAGAUGGACAUCCCAACCACACCCACCACACCUACUCCAACCGCACCCACAACUCCACUUGGCACAACGCCGCCCUCCUUAGACAUGAUGAACAACCCAGAACUGCCUCUGGAUCCCAACCUGCAGACUAGCAACCUUCUCAUCACCUUCCUCAAGUACGCCUCCAUUGUAAUGCAGGAUACUAAAGAUGAGCAUCGACUCAACAGUGCCAGACUGUGCCUAAUCAUCCUCACCUGCAUAGCCGAGGACCAGUACGCUGAUGCGUUUCUUCAUGAUGACAAUAUGAACUUCAGAGUCAAUCUCCACAGAAUGCCCAUGAGGCACAGAAAAAAAGCAGUGGACAAGAACAUCCCUUCACGGCCGCUGGUGUGUGCUGUUCUAGAUCUGAUGGUGGAGUUUAUUGUCACACAUAUGAUGAAGGAUUUCCCCAUGGAUUUAUACUUGCGCUGUGUGCAGAUCAUCCACAAACUCCUGUGUUACCAGAAGAAGUGCAGAAUAAGGUUACACUACACCUGGAGAGAGCUCUGGUCAGCUCUCAUCAACCUGCUGAAGUUCCUCCUGUCAAAUGAGACGACACUGCUGGCCAAGCACAACAUCUUUCACCUGGCUUUACUGGUAGUGAACCUGUUCAACAUGUUUAUAACAUACGGCGACACGUUCCUGCCCACCUCCAACAGCUACGACGAGCUGUACUAUGAAAUCGUACGAAUGCACCAGGUCUUCGACAACCUCUACUGUAUGGUUCUGAGAGUCUCAACCAACGUGGGCCAGUGGAAGGAGCCAGCCAGCAAAGUCACGCACUCCCUCGUCAAUGUUCGGGCCAUCAUCAACCAUUUUAAUCCCAAGAUUGAGUCGUACGCUGCAGUGAACCACAUCUCCCAGCUGUCAGAGGAACAGGUGUUGGAAGUGGUUCGGUCCAACUAUGACACACUGACGCUAAAACUGCAGGAUGGUUUGGACCAGUUUGAGAGAUACUCGGAGCAGCCUAAAGAGGCCGCCUUCUUCAAGGAGCUGGUGCGCUCCAUCAGUCUGAAUGUGAGGAAGAAUGUCUCUCUGAACACGCUGAGUCAGGACGUCCUGCUCAAAGAGUUCUCCACUAUCUCCUGAGACUCACACACACCUUCAGCCUCCUCCUCCCUUCAGACGGACAGACACAGUGCAUUUGUGUGCGCAUGGACAUGUACACAUACUUUCACACAUUCAACACAAACACCAACAAGUACAAUUCCUCACCCUCCGCUUCACGUGAAGAUGGAAACGGAGACAGACGCACUAACAGGCUGGAUGCUGCUUAAAGAAAGACCUGAAAACUCUCCGGACUUCCUUUGUGGUCGUCGAUAUAAGUGCGUGUGAUAAUUUAAGGAAGUGACCGUAUUGCACUGGUUCCUCGUGUGCAAUCUGCAGUAUUGGCUGGACUGUUAACUGACACGUGAAAGUUUGGAUUAAAUCGAAUUCAAGUAUUUUCAAGCCAGAUGUUAAUCACCAACUUUUCUGCCACUGAUAAUGUAUAAGUAGCUCCUGCAGUCAAAACUGAUCGCAGUACAGAUUGAUGAUUUAUCUCUCCAGUAAUUAUUUCAGAAGAUUUAGGCUUUGAAGUGAAACAUUAUGUCCUUCCUAUUGGUAACGUCGACCCUGAGUCUUUGAGUUUGAAUCUUACUGUAAAUCCUCUUCGAUUAGAGCAUUAACUAUUUGAUUGAAUGCUUGUUGUGCGAAUGCUAUCUUAAUUCUCUACAUGUUCAAAACAAAUUUACAAGUAUUUUGAAUUUGCAUGUUUGCUAAGGGAUAGAACAUUUUGAGCCGUAGUUAAGUUGAGAAUGCUCUGAAGUGAUUAAAAAACCCUUUUUAUUGUUGUUGCAAACCUUUUGCUUUUGAACAAAGCCAUGACUAACAUUCACUUCUGCACGUCACACAAGUCCUUGUCUCUUGCUGUAACAAAUUAAUCUGAGUGUGUCGAUUGGUUAGUUUAGAAGGUAAACUGUUGGAACAAUGGUUUCACAUUAUGAUCCAUUAAAGUGAUUAUGGCUGGUGUGACUCCGUCACAAGAUGUCAGUUUAGUGGAAAACAGAAGAAUUCAUCCUGAUGAUUUGAAAUGAUUAUUCUUUUGACUGGAAGCAGAUCUUAAUUAUGCAAUUUCUUCAAGUGUAGGGUCUUGUUUCUUUCAUCUCUUAACUCCUGUAGGUAUAUUUAUGUUUCUUUUUUAAAUAAAGGUUGGUUUCCUGUACCUCAA